UACACUCGUACCUCAUGUAACGGCUAUGUUGACGGAAGUGAAACGAACAGCAAUAGAAUUUGCAAAACACGCGUUUACAUUAUGCUAAUUUGAGCUUUAUUAACGUUGCCUGUUAUACAUGUAGAAACAGUUCAUCCGACUUUCAUUAGAAUAUAUAUAUGUAUAUAUUUUAUUUACAAAGCGUUAACGUGCAAUGUCUCGAACAAUGCAGCCGACUUGUGAUUCUCACGUUAGCUCGAUGCUAAAUUUGAGCUCUACUGGUUCCACCUUCCGUGUUCUUUUGGGUGUAACUGGUAGUGUUGCAGCAAUGAAGUUGCCUUUGUUGGUGUCACAACUUCUCGAAAUACCCGAAAUUGAUGUACGGGUGGUCACCACAGACCAUGCUACCCAUUUUUACAACGUUGCUGAGGUUCCUGUCCAUGUCUACACAGACAAAGAUGAGUGGGAGAUAUUUAAAACACGCUCAGACCCUGUGCUACACAUAGAACUGAGACGGUGGGCCAACCUGCUGGUCAUUGCUCCACUGGAUGCAAACACACUCGGCAAGAUUGCCAGUGGUAUUUGUGACAACCUUCUGACAUGCAUCGUAAGAGCGUGGGACACGAGUCGCCCUCUACUCUUUUGUCCUGCCAUGAACACGGCUAUGUGGCGGCAUCCGAUCACUGCCCAGCAAGUGGCCACACUUCAGGGCUUUGGCUAUGUGGAGAUCCCCUGCAUUUAUAAGAAACUGGUCUGUGGAGAUGAAGGCAAAGGUGCAAUGGCAGAGGUGUCAACUAUUGUGGAUGCCAUCCGAAAGUAUCUUCCAAGACCAGCUGAGAAAAUCACAGCACAUGUUGAUAAACACUGAAAGUGCAAAAUAUAUCCUACUGUGAAUGUAUAUAGUUUUAUAGAAUAAAUAGUUUUCUAUAAUGUGUGAUUUUUAAGUUCUUAUAUUUUGGGUAUUUUAAAAAGACAAAUUUUAAUGUUAAAAAAUUAAAAAAACAAACAAAUGUGCAAUAAAGUCAUUUAAAAAUGUAACUUUUUAAAUGAAAUUUGAAAUAUACCUUUAAACAUUUAUUUCAAUUAUAAGUGAACUCAGUGAUGAAAGUUUUGUGCAUGUUUUUUGAUCUACCUUUGUUGUACAGCCUACAGUGUCAGAUGUGUUAGUGAAAUAAGUUUGAUAAAUAUGAACUGAAUGUGAGUGAAGUUUAAAUGUAUGUAGGGACCCUGGCUUUCUUUUUUUUUUCUGUUUUUAAGAACAGGGUUUCUGAAUUAUUUUUGGUCAUGUUUAAUGGUCAGCAGUGGGAUUAGUUCAUGUCAUGCUUCAGUAAACCUUCUUACCAAUGCCUAUCAAGUUAUACUUUUGGGAAGGUAUUUAUCUAUUUUCUAUGUUAACCUACUGAAGCUGCCAUCUCCAGAUAAAGUUUCAUAUUGAAACUACAUGCAUACUCAAGUGUUUAGCUGUUGAAGUAAUCAGAUUGUUAGUUUUUUUAGUAGCUACAAUAUAUUGAGUCUGUCAUAUUCAUUUGCGUUCGUGCAGUUCUGUUUUACACAGUGAUCAGAUUUGUGACUAAACUGUAUAUGAGUAUUA